CAGAUGCGAAUACAAUCGAAGAUCGGGCAACAGCUAUGCGCCAAGAACAUUAUUUCAAAUCUCGUAUCUGGGUCCAUAUGCUUGAAUCAAAGCAUUACUUGGGUGGAACCCGCCAUUGACUCUUCAUCUUCUGUCUUGUCCGCGCCUCGAAUUUCCUUCGAUCUCUCAGAGAUCUAGUUCCUCGCGCAACUCGACGCGUCGAGAUACACGGCAAUACAACAAAGCAUAUUCAGGGCUCCAUCUAAAUUAUACGAACUAUUUCGAACAGUUUGAUCUGCAGCCAUGCCGACCUAUCAUGCCCUCGGCUUCUCUGUCCGACUCCAUGUCUGGGAUGCUGAGCAGCAGCGAGCAGUGGCCGACGAGAGAAUAUUCCCCAGCGAUCCGUCCAUUGGCUGUGCCCUGGAGGAAGUAUCGGAAGAAUAUUUCCAAGGCCGUCAUGGUGUCGACUUCUUAGGUCAAAGUGGUGCGCCGUUCUAUCUUGUCAAUGCUGGUCGAGAUCUCUUCUUUCGUCAACCUCAGUCUCUUGAUGGCUGUAAGGACGUUAUAACACGAGAAGUUCAAGGAGACACAGGUUCCACAGUUGCCCACACUGAUGUAGCACCUUCAAAGUCAAGUUCAUUGCCGGAACUUCCCUCAAUUGAUAGCCUGAUCGAGGAUAGCGAUUCGCCGCUUUCUUCAGUUCCUACUGAUUUCGAUUCUAGUCCUCCGGGUCCUAUCGUGGAACAAGAUAAUGUUAGAGCCGAUAGUGCCUCAAGAGGAUGGCUACAAAAACCUACGAAACCUGUCUUGACUAAGGACAGCGUCCAAAAGCCAAUCAAGAAAUCCAUUCCGGUCAAGGUUCAAUGCCAAUUCUCACGGAAAUCGUUCCCACGUUCCUUGGACUCGAUCAACGUACAAGAUUUCUCCAUUAACAUCUUCUACAACGGAGAGUUUGUGAUGUCGAAAACAUACCGUGCGGAGACAGUGCGAGCUGCUACUGCGGCUGAGAAGCAGCCAAACUACUCUGGAAGAAGACUUCCUCAUGGGAAAGAAUGCCCGUUCAUGGUGUUGCCAUUGUUAGAGGGUAAGAACAAGUCUGACGGUCCUGUCGAAACAAACGUAUGCAGCAGGUGGAACAAGAUCAAUGAAACAUUGCUUGUCGAAGCAGAUCAAUGGGGGAGAGCCGGAAAAUAUGGUGUGUUCCGAUCCCCGAUUGGAGAAUAUCUGGAGGAUCUUUCCAAAUUGGCGAUGCCAGAAGGUAUGGCCAAGAAGAAUAAUGGCGGUCGAAAUAUUGGAAUCAUUGAUGUCGUCAUUGCUCUAGGCAGAACCCUCGUCCUACCAAGCAGUGUCGGUCUUGUGCAACCACAGCGAAAGCUGCCUUCUGCAUAUUGUGGGCCUGCACGAACUCUUUUCGAAGUCCCUGAUGAGCCUAGAUCAGGACUACGGAAGCGACUUAUCGAAGAUCUCCACGAAAAGUGCGGUACAGAACCUAGCAUGGGUGAUUCCAAUAUUACUGCAAAAACCACUGCGGUCGAGCUUAGCUCGGCGAGUGAUCAGCCAGCUGGAAGUCGUAGGUCGACUAGGAAGAGCUCCUCGAAACAGAGCGAAGCUGGCUCUUCUCGACAGUCAGAUGAAGGAUACCACAUUGAGACCAUUUCAAAAUCCGGUACACGUCUUCAGAGAGUCGUAACUACUCAGUCCUUUACCACUAGCAUGGCUCCACCUAGAAUAUCCGACAGACCGAGAACAUCUGGAGGUCCGACGAGAAGUCGUUCUAACUCCAUCGCGUCCGUGGUUUCUACGAACAAGGCCGGUAGCUCCAGAGAUGUUCCCAAGAAAAGGGGCAGAGAAUCAAGUCCUGGGAAUGGAGUCGAGCCGAGCCCCAAGCGCGCCAAGUCUAUCGUGGCUGUAGAAAUUCCGCCUUUCCAGGGCGACCCAUCCACCUACGCUACUACAGCAGAAGAUGCCAAUGGUCAACCACCCGUUCGGAGUAACCAGAGACCUUUAAGACAGAGAACCAAGAAGAUGCACUUUGACGAAAAGUCUCCGACUCCUGCCCCAUCUUCCAAGGCCCGAAAUAGCAAGAAUUAUCAGACCCCAGCUUCUGCUUCUGCUCUUGCAGAUAGUCCUUCCAGCCGCACCAGAAGUCAAGAACGUAUGACGGGAAAGCCUGAUCAUGUGAGCAACGGGAGCACAAGCAAUUAUAAAUCAAGGGUGUAUUUCGGUAUGGAUGGCAAUUUUGAUGAGCCUUUUGACUUCGCAUUUGGACUUGAUGGCUCUGGUUCUAGAAAAUCUCGACCAUCGAGUUCCAACAAAAAGGCAUCAUCCUCAAAGCAGAAGUCCGCUCCCAAGACUCCCAAUUCCACAUCUAGUGCCAUCAACACUCCGAGCGCACUCCCGAAUAGGGUAGAAACUCCUGCUACCCACUCGAGAAGCAACGCUGGGGACGCUACCGCAAGUCAGAGCCGGCAAGAAUCAGCGUUGCACAAUAAUGAACAGUACCUUGACGCAUCAAGUUCACUCACAGUGUUGCCUCCGAAUGAGCAUAAAUCACAACGAUCUAGACCAAGGGUCUCCAAAGGAGAACUGAAGGGCUUACUCGGUACAGACCAACCCACUGAUGAGAUUAACAACAAUCUAGGAUCCUCCUCUGCGGACUCAACCACGAUUCGAGCUUCGAGAUUCGGAAACAAGAAGGAGAACAAUACGUCAAAUCCCACCAAUUCGAAAAUCAAAGAUUCUUCUACAAAUCGAUUGAAAGCAAGCUAUCACCAGGCUAGAUUGCUGGUUGUGAACGGUCUCAAUGAAACUGACUGGAAGACAGUGCAGAGACAGAGAGAGCUUUCCACAAAGCCGAAGGCAACCGCUAAGGGAAUUCAAGAGCCAGAGCCUUCUCCAAAGCCUAGUCCAAAGCCUAGAGAAACUCCUGAGCACAAGGACGCAUCUAAGCCUAAGAGCACUUCCAAGUCCAGAGACACUCCACAUAGUAUUUACAGUACUCCGAUUCAAGAUAAGGGCAAAAAAUUUGUCGACGAACGAAGUAAGCUUCACGAUCAGCUUUUAGAAGCAUCAAAGAGAGGACAAGAGCGUGUGGUGAGAAGGCCAAGCAUAGCUACAACUCCGAGUAAGAGUAGUCACCAAGCUGGUACAGGACCUCGUCAAGGAGUUUUCAGCGUGGUUUCUCGUUCUCAAUCACAUGCUGGAGAGAGCACUGACAACGAGAUGUCUCCCACAUCAACUAGCGCAAGUAACGACUUUGGCAUGUCUGUACGACAGCCUCGGAGAUCCAGCAGCAAUGUACCAGUGGCAACACUAGCAAGAUCGUUGUCGAGCAUGGAUCUAAAGGCAACACUAUCGGCAAGCCAACGAAAUGUUAUCGAGACACCAAUCUUACCACCGUCCUCAAUAGCUUAUAGAAGAUCUUUGUCUGAUACACCAUUAAAGUUAAGGCGAGCUUCUGAAUCGGCAAAUGAUCCGAAUGUUACACUCAAAGAUGCUGUAUCUACGCCUCUUAAUUUAGCUCCUACAGGUGGCAAACCGAAACCAAACCUUAUUAUUCAAACGGGGAAAGCCAACCUUGUCGCCCAUUCCGAUAUGUCAAGUCCACUCACCACAAGAUCGUACGUUCAUACGAAGGAAGGCAGGAAGGCACCUACACCCAAGAGUGGUACGUUCCCUGAUAUCAGAAAGACCCCAACUUCCAUGACAACCCCAACGAAUGGCGAAUUCCCCCUCCACAGCUUUGUUCCGCCAAGUAAACUGCCAACGCAAGCACCCAAGCAAGCUCCACCAAGGCAGACCAGGAGGUUGAGUGAAGUUGAGAUGUCACGUCCACCGAACUCUUCUUCUGUCAAACUUACACCAGAGGAAACGAAUGUAACUUCGAGAUCGUUAAGAGCUCGUCCUUCGGGCAUGAGCUCCCCUACUCCCACGAUGGGUCCGCCUCCCAGAACCAUGUCAAGCACAAAGGAAACAGCGCAGAAUCCAUCCAGGUUUCUAUUUCAGAGCAGCACUAAUAAAAACGACGCGACUACUCCCCCUAUCUUGCCACCACCCAAGCCCUAUACAGCCAGGAUGUCGGAAGCGGCACAAUCACAAAAGUCAAGAAGAAGUUCUAAUGAUCCUGUACAACCACCAGUUCUUGAUACUACCCCUACGCCACUUCCAUCUAUUUCACGCCCGCAACCCACAACUGCUUCUUCAGCAUCUGCUUCAGGUGCUCCAUCUUCAAUUAUUUCCCCUCCAGCUGACGUGGUUGCAACAAAAUGGACACCAGUUGACCUAUGCCAAGACUCGGUUCUCGCCUACGCUACCAAAGAGCAAGUUGGAAAGUGGUUCGGACUGCAAUUUGACAAGGAGAACGAAUGUCCUUCACGAUCAACACGAAGAGAGAGAGAAGGUGUUUUCAAAGCACAAAGUAUUAUGAUGGGCGUGAGGUACGUGUUUGGAGCCGACUUUGCAGAGCAAGAAGACAAGGGCAAAGGCAAGGAACACCAGGAAGUGGGAGUUGAUUCGACGCAAGUGACCAAAGCAUUGCAACCAGAGGGAAAGGGAAAGGAGCGGGAGGCGGACGUCGAAAUGUUAGGUUAGAGUAAUGUUGCGAUAUUCACGAGAUGCGAGGGGGAGAUUUGCCUUUGCAUGAUUGCGGGUGGAGCAUUGCAGCUUAUCUGCAGAGCAGAUGAUAUUUGCUUGGUUGCUUAAGCUGGGGAGUUACACUUGCAU